AUGGCAAUCCCUAGCUCUUCUCUUCCUAAAGGUCAAGCCUCAAACCGACCACCCUUCUUCAAUGGUACAAACUUCAACUAUUGGAAAACCUGUAUGAUUAUGCAUAUCCAAUCUAUCGACUAUGAGGUUUGGAAAAUUAUCUGUGAUGGUCCUAAAGUCCCUACCAAAGCCAUAGAUGGUCUGUUAGUUUCCAAACUUGAGAGUGAGUGGACUAGUACUAAUUAUAAGGAUAUUCAAUCCAAUGCCAAAGCUGUUAAUAUGUUGUAUUGUGCACUUGAUGCUACUGAGUUUAAUAGAAUAUGCACUUGUACAACGGCGAAAGAAAUUUGGGAUAAGCUUAUUGUAACUCAUGAGGGAACAACUCAAGUCAAAGAGUCUAGAGUAAGUUUGUUUGUUCAUAACUAUGAGCUAUUCAAGAUGAAACCUGAUGAGAACAUAUUCCAAAUGUUCACUCAAAUUAUUAGAAAAGUUUUCCGUUCACUGCCAAAAAGUUGGGAAAACAAAGUUAUAGCAGUGAUAGAAGCAAGAGACUUGUCAACAUUAAGUUUUGGUGAGUUAAUGGGAUCUCUCCUAACCCAUGAGAUCACAUGCAAGAAGGAAAAAGAAGAAGAAGACAAGAAUAAAAAGAAAGGGAUAGCUUUCAAGUCUACCUCAAAAUCUCAAGAGAAAGAAGAAGAUGCUUCAGAGGAAGAUGAGGAAAUGGCUUUCAUUACCAAAAGGUUCAAAAAAUUUGUGAAGAAGAAACAAGGUGUAAGGAAAUUCUUCAAAAAAGACUUCAACAAAGAUUUUCAAAAAGGAGAAGGUUUUAAAAAAUCUAAAGUUACUUACUACGAAUGCAACAAGCCGGGACACUACAAAUCAGAAUGUCUAGAGCUCAAAAAACAAUUCAAGAAGGACAAGCAUAAGGCCAUGAUCGCAGCAUGGGGAGAAGAUAGUGAUGACAGCGACUCAGAGACUAAUAUUUGCAAAAAUAAAGUCGCAAACUUAUGCUUGAUGGCACUUGAAGAUGAAAAUGAGGUAAAUGAUGACUUCUUUACCGUUGAUGAAUUACAAACUGCUUUUGAUGAAUUACAUGCUGAAUUUAAAAAAAUUAAGUAUGAAAAGUAG